GGCCCCGCCACCCCUGCCCCCUCCACUGCCCGCCCCCCGCCCGAGCUGGCACUGGGCAAGGAGCCGAGCAGGCCGAGAGGCGGAGAAAGGAUGCGGCCGGCGGCAGCUGUCCCGAGCAGUGCACGGUGAUCGCCUCCCCCGGAGGAGGAGUUGCCUAGACCGUUGCCACAUUUCUUGUUUUCCUCCCCACCCCACCCCACUCGUAAUUACAUUGGCUGCUAGAAGGGACCCGGAGAGACGGAGGAGGCGCCUCGCUUUCCCCCUUGCGCCCGCUACCCCUGCUCUUUCCCGUCCCGGGCCAGGAUGACUGGAGUCUUUGACAGUCUGGUGGCUGAUAUGCAUUCGACCCAGAUCACGGCCUCCAGCACAUACCACCAGCACCAGCAGCCCCCAAGCGGCGGCGGCGCUGGCCCCGGCGGCAGCAACAGCAGCAACCUCCACAAGCCCCAGGAGUCGCCCCCCACCCUCCCGGUGUCCACAGCUACCGACAGCAGCUACUACACCAAUCAGCAGCACCCGGCGGGCGGCGGCGGCGGCGGGGGCUCGCCCUACGCGCACAUGGGUUCCUACCAGUACCACGCCAGCGGCCUCAACAACGUCCCUUAUUCCGCCAAGAGCGGAUACGACCUGGGCUACACCGCCGCCUACACCUCCUACGCGCCCUACGGGACCAGUUCGUCCCCCGCCAACAACGAACCUGAGAAAGAGGACCUCGAGCCUGAAAUCCGGAUAGUGAACGGUAAGCCAAAGAAAGUCCGGAAACCCCGCACCAUCUACUCCAGUUUCCAACUGGCGGCUCUUCAGCGACGUUUCCAAAAGACUCAGUACCUGGCACUGCCCGAGCGAGCCGAGCUGGCGGCGUCUCUGGGCCUCACCCAGACUCAGGUCAAAAUCUGGUUCCAGAACCGCCGAUCCAAGUUCAAGAAGAUGUGGAAAAGCGGUGAGAUCCCCUCGGAGCAGCACCCUGGGGCCAGCGCCUCGCCACCCUGUGCUUCGCCGCCCGUCUCCGCGCCAGCCUCCUGGGACUUCGCGCCGCAGCGGAUGGGGGGCGGCGGCGGCCCCGGCAGCGGCGGUAGCGGCGCGGGCAGCUCGGGCUCCAGCCCGAGCAGCGCGGCCUCAGCCUUCCUGGGCAACUACCCGUGGUACCACCAGGCCUCGGGCUCCGCCUCACACCUGCAGGCGGCGGCGCCGCUGCUGCACCCCGCGCAGACCCCGCAGCCGCACCACCAUCACCACCACCACCAUGGCGGCGGGGGCGCCCCGGUGAGCGCGGGGACGAUUUUCUAACCCCGGGGAGACUGUGCCAGAGACUGAGAGCGGAGACCCGUUAUCCUCAGUGCUCGCCGAAGGGUCCCUCCGGCAGGCCCGCCGACGGCACGCACCCCUCCCGGAGGUUGCAGCCCCGCAGGGCCUGCCGCAGGCCCUGCUCCUUCGUGGGGCAACCGAGCGGCGGGGAUCUAGAAGGCUCCUCUGUUGGAGGACCCCGGCAGCGGCGUGGUGAAGGCCGCGGGGCCAGGGCCGCCUUUCCGACCUGAGCCCCGCCUCAAGACUUGACUCCCCUCCCCUCUCCGCCCCGCGAGGCCGGCCGGCGCCUUCCUCGCCGCGGGCCGCUUGCUGAAUCCCGGAGAGGGACGCCUCCCCCGCCCGUGAGGCUUCCCCAGCAAUCUGAGGCUCCUUUCUCCUUGCCCGCCCCCAGGCUCAGCGCAGCCGGCCAGGGUUAUUGACCUCCGGGGUCCUGCCUACCCGCCCGCCCCCAACACCCCUUUGACCUCGGCGGUCCGCCGCUUUUUUUCUGCUCUGCGGGUUCCAGCCCUGGAAGCCCCAUCUCUCCCCCGCCUUAGCUGUCCCCCAGGAACGCUCCCUAAGCUCUCUCCUCAUCCAUCACCAGUGGAGUUUUUUUAUUUUUAUUUUUUUAAAAGUUUAGGUGCCUUUGCGGAUGACCUCAUUUUGAUGUUGAAAAAAGUGAUUUUUUAAUAUGUGGACACUGCAAAAAAAAAAGUGUUUAAAUUAUCUUUUUUAAAAUCUAUUCAGGAUUAUUAGCCUGGACUUCGACAUAGAGUUUGUAAAUAAAGGUGUCUGUGCAGAUUUUCCCACCAAUUUAUUUGUAUAAAAAUACUCAUCUUUUCAGACUUUUUUGUAAACCCCCACUUGUGAAAACUGCGGUUUAGCAGUUAUCUCACCGUCCGGUUUAUUUUCCCUUAAAAUUUUUUCUCAGUUAAACUAAGCUACUGAUCUGGAUUUGUUUUAUCUUAUCCUAAAGUCUUUGUUCUUGAAAUGAAAGGUAUUUUGGGGUUAUUUAUU